AUGAAUCUGUCGGAAAGCGAAGCAAAAACGAGGCGAACAAUUAUAAAGGCGACUCUCACGCGACUUAAAACAUAUUUAGAAUCGGCACAAUCAGCGCGCGCGACAAAAUUCGAAUUAAUCGAGCGUAAAAAAAAGAUAGCGAAUUUGUUUGAGCAAUAUGACGAGGUGCAAGCGCGACUCGAGUGUUUGACAAUAGAUUCAGAUCCAAAUUCGGCCGCUACUCAUGCAGAAGAUCGUGCACGCGUUGAAGAGGCGUAUUUUCAGCUCAUGGCUUUAUACGAGCAGCGUAUUAAUUUAGUUGAACAAUCUCAAGUAGAAUCUCAAUCGACCACUAAUGCUCGUAAUCUAGUCACACAUCAAAAUAAUUCAGAAUCAAAUAUUCGAUUGCCAAAGAUACAAUUGCCUAUCUUUUCAGGGUCAUAUGAAGAUUGGUACACAUUCCAUGAUUCAUUUGACAAAUUAAUUCACAUGAAUGAAAGCUUAUCAACCAUCCAAAAAUUUCAUUAUUUGCGCUCAUCACUAAAAGACAAAGCCGCGGAAGUUAUUAAAUCUUUUGAUAUCACAACCGAGAAUUACGCGGAAGCAUGGCAAUUAUUGAAUGAACGUUUCGAUAAUAGAAGACGUAUAGUGCAGACACAUGUCAGGGCUAUAUUUGAAAUUGCUCCAAUACACAAGGAAAAUUGUACGGCAUUGCGUGGUUUAUUAGAUAACGUACUCAAACAUUUUAGAGCCCUUAAGGCAUUACAAAGACCCGUUGACACUUGGGAUGAUAUGUUGGUUCAUUUAGUUUUAACUAAGCUUGAUUCCAUUACAGUGAAGGAGUGGGAAACUAAUCGAGCAGAUGCAACAGUACCCACAUUUAAGGAGCUUAUGGACUUUUUGGCAAAAAGAUGUCAGGCAUUGGAAACGAUAUCGAAUAAGGCAUCAAACGUGGAUGCGACAAACACUUCCCAGAAGGCCAAGCAUGGUGCUCAUGUAGCCACAGCCAAUCAAUCUUGCAUUCAUUGCAAAAGUAAGCAUUUCAUAUAUCAGUGUGAAUCAUUUCGUAAGCUUCCUGUAGAAAAACGUUUUGAAAUUGUAAAGAAUGCGCAUUUGUGUAUCAAUUGUUUGAGAUCAGGGACACAUCAGGCAAAAAAUUGUUCAUCGGGCCUUUGCCGCAAAUGUGGAAAGGCGCAUAACACUUUGUUACAUUUUGACUCGAAAUUUGAUACAACAAAGGGUGAUCAGUCAGUUACGUCUUCAACUAAAGACACAAAUGAAUCUUCAUCGAAUUCGUCGCCAAUUGUUACUCAAUGUACUCAAAUUGAUAGUCCUUCUAAAAUUUUUCUGUCAACUGCUAUUGUCGAUGCAUAUGAUUCCGAGAAUCAAACACACGGUUGCAGAAUUUUGUUAGACAGCGGCUCUCAAUUAAAUUUUGUCACUGAAGGCUUCGUAGAAAAACUUCAACUUGAAGGCCGCGCUUUUCGCAUCUCGAUCUCCGGAGUAGCGGAAGGAAAGUUUGAAUCAAGAAAGAUAGUCAAUGUUAAUUUUCGAUCAAGAGUAAACGCGUAUAGUACUAGUGUCGAGUGCGUAGUUCUUCCGAACAUUACACAAAAAUUACCACAGGAAUUUUGUUCUGCAUCUGAAUUUAAAAUCCCAUCAAACAUAAUACUUGCUGAUCCUAAUUUUAAUAUUCCGAGUGAGAUCGAUAUGCUCAUAGGAGCACAAUUAUUUUGGCAACUUAUUUGCGUCGGACAAAUCAAGGCAUGUAAAACCCAUCCUACUUUACAGAAAACCAAGCUGGGUUGGGUAAUCUCCGGCGUAUCACACAAUUUUUCCAAUGUGGCAAUGGCCGCAUGCCAUCUUACAGCAGUAGAUAAAUUGAAUGAAUCCAUUUCUAAGUUUUGGGAGAUUGAGCAUAACUUCUCAUUGCCUAAUACCAAUUACACUACCAACGAACAAAUAUGUGAAACGCAUUUUCAGCAAAAUACUCGGCGCAAUGUAGAAG